AUGGAACUGACGAAUUAUGUGACGGAAGUGAUCUAUCGUCACUGUGUGGCUGAAUGCCGUAAUUUGAAAGCGUUCGCCGCCAUGUUAGCCUACCGGAUGGCUGCGCUCACAAAUCCAGCAGGCGGGUUCUCUUCUAACAAGCGAAUCGGGCUAUUUAGAUGUCCAGUCAAUUCAGUAUCUCGAAAAUUUUCUGAUCGAAUGGAAAACGGGGUCACCAAGUAA